GACUAGGAUUAUAUUAGAAGUCAAGACAUCGACGAAUCUCACUUCAAAUUAGAGUUGUUAUCGACUGGUUAUGAGAUAAACAACGGGGCUUUCAUCAUGUUAAAGCGCACAUUAUACCUCUGGAUUACUUUGUCCUGCUUGGUUAUAACCAAAGGUGAGCCUUGCCCUAAGAGUAUGGGUUCCAGAAGAUCUUGCACCAAGCAGUGCGCUUCAUCUGCUGAAUGUCCUGCUGAUUCACAAUGUCAAUGUGAUGGUCGCUGUGGUUUAAGCUGUGUUAAAAAAGGUCUUCAAUGUAAACCUCCUCCCAAGGUUAGAAAUGCCAAGUUCWCAACAACUGGAAAUAGUUUUAACGACGUUGCAACGUACACUUGCAAUCGGGGAUACUCUUUGAACGGRUCUCCCAAGAAACGAUGCACGGCUAAAGGGGAAUGGGAUGGCGUUGGGCCUACUUGCAUGCCAGCAUGUACACAGCCAGAACUACCAUUUGGUGCUUAUGUUAUGUCCAUAAUAAAGUCAAUGUAUAAGACAGGAGACCGCAUACAGCUUGGUUGUAAGACGGGUUUCAAACAAAGCGGCAAUCCCUUCAGAAUAUGUAUAUCUGGACGUUGGACUGCGUUCCCAUUUCAAUGUAAAGCAACUCACUCAUGCCCUAGAACAAUUCGUGCUGCUCGGACAAAGUGUACUCAAAAAUGUUCGCCACAAGAUGUGAAUGGUUGCCAACCAAAUCAGAAAUGUCUUUGUGAUGGACAGUGUGGAUACAGUUGCGUGGAGACAGGGCUUUCUUGUGGAGUGCCAGCAAGUAUAAAAAACGGUUUUAAGCAGUUUAAUUCUACCGGUUACAACGCUACAGUCCGCUACUGGUGUAAAGAUGGCUUCACUUUAGAUGAUGACAAAACAAAAAGGUGUACAGCCAAGAAAAGAUGGGAGAAACCUACUCCAAACUGCCUUCCAGACUGCACAAACCCACCGAUCCCUCCUAAUGCUUACGUUGAAAACCUUAAGCGCAAGUAUGCGUCCGGUGACCGAGUAAAGUUUAAAUGUAAACCAGGCUACAAUCAGGAAGGCAUUCCAUCCACUCUAUGCUUCAUGGGAAGAUGGAAUAUUAUACCUUUUAAAUGUGAAAUCGGCGGAUGUGGCGAUCCAGGCGUACCUGAAAAUGGCAACAAAGUUGGAAUAUCGUACGGUGUCAACAGUGAAGUGUUUUUUUCUUGUAACCUUGGAUACAUUAGAAUUGGUUCCGAGCAACGACGAUGUUUACACAACAACACGUGGAGUGGAGUUCAACCAAUAUGCAAAAUUGUUGACUGUAACAAAGUACAACCUCCUCGAAAUGGUAGUAUCCAAGGUAACGAGACGACUUUUCAAAAGUCUAUUACCUACUCGUGUGAUCAAGGAUUUGAGCUCAAGGGACCAAAAAACGCCAUCUGCCAGUCAGAUGGGCAAUGGAGCGUUGUAUCAACAUGUGAAGCUGUUGACUGUGGGCUUCCUGACAAUCCUCUGCAUGGCAUGAAGAAAGGAGAUGCUUCUACCUACACGAGUAAAAUAGAGUACUCGUGUAACCCUGGGUACUUGUUAGUUGGACAAGAAAUAAGAACGUGCUUACAUACUGGGAAAUGGAACGGGACAGAGCCAACGUGUCAAGCCGUUAACUGUGGUGAGCUACAGCCACCUCGUAAUGGAUCAGUGAUGGGAAAACUAUGGACGUUUCCUAACUCUGUACAAUUUGUUUGUGACGAUGGAUUUGAUUUACUGGGAUCACAAAUUAGAACCUGCACAAGUCGUGGGAAAUGGAAUGGAACACAAGCUAAAUGCCAAGCGGUUAACUGCGGAUAUCUUGCAAUUCCUCUAAAUGGAUCGCUGAUAGGCAAGGAAACUACCUAUCCAGCGCAAGUCGUGUUUAAAUGUGAUGAAGGAUUUAUACUCAAAGGAUCAAAAAUCAGAAAAUGUCAAGAAAAUCGAAAAUGGAGUGGAAAAGAAGCACAUUGUGAAGCAAAAAAUUGUGGCAAACCCACUCCACUUGAUAGUGGAACAAUGUUUGGCAGUGGGACAACAUAUCCUGAGGUAAUUCGUUAUGAGUGCGAGGAUGGUUAUAUUUUAAAUGGACCAGCAACCAGACAGUGUCAGAGUAAUGGGAAGUGGAGUGACUUUGAUCCUACAUGUGAAGCAAUAAAUUGUGGUACUCUGAUUGCUCCGAUAAAUGGUACGAUUAAAGGUACAGACUUCACCUUUCCCAAUGUUGUGGAAUUCGCGUGUGACAAAGGCUUUGAUUUGAUUGGUCCAUACAAUCGUCUCUGCCAGGCGAAUGGCUCAUGGAGUGGCGGAAACACAGUUUGCAAAGCUGUAGAUUGUGGUUCUCUUGAUGCUCCAACAAAUGGUUCCAUGCACGGUUUGCUCACUACAUUUCCAAAUACUAUCACUUUCGCUUGUGACAAAGGCUUUAUCUUGAAGGGAUCCUCUUAUAGAACGUGCCAGGCAGAUGGAAAAUGGAAUGGUGACAAAGCGUUCUGUCGUGCAAUCGACUGUGGACGUCUUGAUGCACCACUCAAUGGGUCAAAGAUAGGCUCGUUGACAAUUUUCCCAAACAGAAUAUCGUUCUCCUGUGAUAUGGGCUUUCUCAUGAGUGGUUCUAUAAGUCGAAAAUGUGAGGCUAAUGGCAAAUGGAGUGGGUUGCCAACAAGGUGUGAAGCUGUUGACUGUGGUCAUUUAGCAGUACCUCUCAAUGGAUCACGUCUUGGGAAGCUUACGGUAUAUCCUAACACCAUCAACUUUGAUUGCGACAAUGGAUUUGAUCUUACUGGUUCUGCUGUAAGACGGUGUCAAUCAAACGGAUCAUGGAGUGGAAUGCCUGUGAAUUGCAAAGCUGUUGACUGUGGUUCACUCGAUGUUCCACAAAAUGGAUCGGUUCAUGGAACACUGACUUUAUUUCCAACUGUGAUCAAGUUCAGUUGUGAUGAAGGUUUUGUACUUCGUGGCUCAUCUUCUCGAGCUUGCCAAGUGAACAGAAUGUGGAGUGGUACAGCGACGAAAUGUGAAGCUGUAAACUGUGGUGUCCUUGCAAUACCCCUUAACGGGACUAUGAUAGGAACUGCGACAGUAUUUCCCGAGACGGUACGAUUCCAAUGUGACGACGGUUUUGAGUUGAUUGGAUCGUUUGAGAGGCAAUGUCUGCCGAGUGGUAAUUGGAGCGGGCGUCAGCCUACCUGUAGAGCUGUUGACUGUGGCUCACUCGACGUUCCACAAAAUGGUUCUGCCCAUGGAUCACUUUCUACAUUUCCUAAUAUAAUCAAAUUCAGUUGCGAUGAAGGGUUUUUUCUUCGUGGAUCUUUGUCUCGAAACUGCCAGGCAAACAUGACUUGGAGUGGAACAACAACACGAUGUGAAGCGGUGGACUGUGGUGUUCUUCCGAUUCCCCUGAACGGCUCGAUGUACGGAACUGCAACAGUAUUUCCUGAGUUCUUAACGUUCCAAUGCGACGACGGUUUUGACUUGAUGGGGUCUGCCAAGAGGCAAUGUCUUUCAAGUGGGAGAUGGAGCGGACGUAAACCUGUGUGCAUACCUGUAGACUGCGGCCCACUUGAUGUUCCACACAAUGGUUCAUUUCAAGGAUCUUUGACGGUGUUUCCUAAUGUGAUCAAGUUCAGCUGUGACAAAGGCUUUCUUCUUCUUGGAUCUCAAUCUCGAACUUGCCAAGCAAACAGGACAUGGAGUGGAACGACGACACAAUGUGAAGCUGUUAACUGUGGUGUCCUUCCAAAUCCUCGGAAAGGUAGCAUGAUAGGAACUGCGACAGUAUUUCCAGAGACGGUAAGAUUCAAAUGCAACGAAGGUUUUUACUUGAUUGGCUCUGAGGAGAGACAAUGUCUAUCAAGUGGAAAGUGGAGCGGUCGUCAGCCAAUUUGUAAAGCUGUAGACUGUGGCCCACUMGAUGCUCCACAAAAUGGUUCUGUUCAUGGCUCUCUUACUGUGUUUCCUAAUGUGAUCAAGAUCGGCUGUGAUGAAGGUUUCCUUCUUAGGGGUUCUUUAUCUCGUACUUGCCAAGCAAACAAAACAUGGAGUGGAAAGAUGGCGCACUGUGAAGCCAUUGACUGUGGACCACUUUCGGCUCCAAUAAACGGAACACUUGUCGGCGAAAAAACAGUUUUUCCAGAACAAGUGAAAUUUUCAUGUGACAAAGGAUUUGAUUUGCUUGGAAAUGAAACGCGUAAAUGUCUCCCGACUGGCAAAUGGAAUGGACGGCAACCAACAUGCAAAGCUGUAGACUGUGGUCCACUUCAAGCACCGCGGAAUGGCUCUGUUCAAGGGUCUACUGUAACGGUGUUUCCCAGUGUAAAAACGUUCAGCUGUGAUAUUGGUUUUUUACUUCGCGGUUCUUCCUCUCGAACUUGCCAAGCAAACAGGACGUGGAGUGGAACAACGGUGCAAUGCGAAGCCGUUGAUUGCGGUGCUCUUGAUGUGCCAAAAAAUGGAUCGAUGUUGGGUGCAAAGACAGUUUUUCCAAAUAGCGCAAGUUUCGCUUGUGACGACGGAUUUGACCUGGUUGGUUCCUCUUUGAGAAUGUGUCUAUCAAAUGGAAUGUGGAGUGGUAAUAAGACAUUAUGUCAAGCUGUUGAUUGUGGUCCCCUGGCACAGCCACGAAAUGGAUCAAUAUAUGGAUCAUUGACUGUUUAUCCGAACGCACUCUUUUUAACAUGUGAUGAGGGUUUUCUUCUUCGCGGGUCGAAAUCACGUGUUUGUCAAGCCAACAGGACAUGGAGUGGCAGUCAAACGUCUUGUGAAGCUAUUGAYUGCGGACCACUGCCUAUACCCAAGAAUGGGGCGAUGAUGGGAAAUAACACAAUAUUUCCAAAUAGCGUCAAAUUUAAAUGCGAUAUUGGAUUCCUACUUAGUGGAUCUUCUGUACGUUAUUGCUUAUCCCGUGGAAUAUGGAGUGGCAAAAAAACUACUUGUGGAGCUGUUGACUGUGGUCCACUCGAUGUUCCACAAAAUGGUUCUUUCCAGGGUUCUCUGACUGUCUUUCCCAAUGUGAUCAAGUUUGACUGCAAUGAAGGUUUUGUUCUCCGUGGUUCAUCACGUAGGGUUUGUCAAUAUAAUAAAACUUGGAGUGGUAGUUUAACACUAUGUACAGCUGUGGACUGCGGUAAACUUGAUGUCCCAAAAAACGGUUCUAGUCAGGGAUCUCUGACUGUAUUUCCGAAUAUGAUCAAGUUUAAUUGCGAUAUUGGUUUUGUACUUCGCGGUUCUUCCUCUCGUACUUGCCAAGCAAACAGGACGUGGAGUGGAACGACUGCACGAUGUGAAGCUAAAGAUUGCGGUCUACUUAAGGCUCCAAGAAACGGUUCUGUAUUUGGAAACCAAACAUUCUACCCAAACAAAAUGAUGUUUUAUUGUGAUGACGGAUUUGACCUGCAAGGAUCUGCAAUACGAACCUGCCUUUCUAGUGGGGUGUGGAGCGGUUAUGAAACAACAUGCAAAGCUGUCGAUUGUGGCUAUCUUGGUGUUCCUCUCAAUGGGUCUCGACGAGGACUAUCGACAACGUUUCCCAAUGUCAUGAAAUUUCAAUGCGAUGAAGGUUUCAUUCUUUAUGGGUCAUCAUUACGAGUCUGUCAAGGCAACAGAACGUGGAGUGGACAAAAAGCACAAUGUAUCGACUUGAUGUUCCACACAAUGGUUCGCGUCAAGGAUCAUUGAGCGUCUUUCCGAACGCUGUGAAGUUUAGCUGUGACAAAGGAUUUGUUCUUCGCGGUUCGUCGUUCCGUGUUUGUCAGGCCAAUGGGACGUGGAGUGGACAGUUGACCGCAUGCCAAGCAACGGACUGCGGUCGUCUAAAGGUGCCUAGAAAUGGUUCAAUGGAUGGUCAAUUGACCGUCUUCCCUAACAAAGUUAAGUUCGGAUGUGACCAAGGAUUCGAUCUAGUAGGCUCAUCUGUACGCAGUUGUUUGUCGAAUGGCACUUGGAGUGGAAAAAUAGCRACCUGUAAAGCUGUUGACUGCGGUGUGCUGACUGUACCUGUGAAUGGUUCAGUUGCUGGUUUUUUAACAGUUUUUCCAAACAUUGUCUCCUUUUCAUGUGAUAGAGGUUUUCUUUUAAAGGGAAGCUCAACAAGGCAGUGUCAAGCAAAUAGACAAUGGAGUGGGGUAUCCACUGUUUGUGAAGCCAUUAACUGUGGAACCAUUCGUGAGCCUACAAAUGGAUUUUCCUGCGGCGAAAACACACAUUUCCCUCAUUCCAUUAAAUUCCAUUGUGAGUUCGGCUAUAUUCUAGUUGGGCCAUCGAAAAGGCGAUGCCAAGUUAACGGCAGGUGGACUGGAACGUCCACAUAUUGUAGAGCUGUUGAUUGUGGCCCAGUUACCACACCAAAGAACGGUUCAAAAGAUGGAUCGGUCACAGUAUAUCCCUAUAAAGUGAGGUUUUCAUGUCAUCGGGGCUUUAUUCUUAAAGGAACUAAUUCCAUUCGUUGUGAAUCCAGUGGAAAGUGGAGUGGUAGUGUACCUGGUUGUGAAGCUAUUGAUUGUGGUCCUUUGGCAGUUCCUUUGAAUGGUUCACGUCUUGGGAAGCUUACGGUUUAUCCCAAUAUCCUAAAGUUCCGUUGUAACAAUGGCUUUGAUCUGACUGGUUCUGCUAUAAGGCGUUGUCAAUCAGAUGGAUCAUGGAGUGGAAUUCUGGCAAAUUGCAAAGCCGUGAAUUGUGGUCCACUUAGUGCACCUAUUCAGGGCUAUGUGAAAGCCGCGGAAACUACAUUCUCAAAGAUGGCAUACUAUUCGUGUAAUCCCGGUUUCAAAAUCAAAGGCAACUCAGUUCUUAUAUGUCAGGCUAACGGGACUUGGAACGGCACACAACCUGUCUGCGACGCUGUCGAUUGUGGUUCUCUGCCUUCACUGUCGAACGGUUUCAUGAAGGGCUCACUCACUGUUUACCCAAAUAAGGUAUCGUUUGYUUGCGACGAAGGAUUUUCUUUGAUUGGCUCAUUUGAGCGGCAGUGUCUGGUCACUGGACAAUGGAGUGGAAACCAGCCUUAUUGUAGAGGGAUGCGCUGCAAGAAUCCUUCUAUUCCUCUUAAUUCGUACAUGACGUCAAGAACUAAGGCUUAUUAUGACAACGAAUACGUGGUAUUCUUCAGCUGUAACCCAGGGUUUUUCUUGCGGGGAGACAAACCCUCAAUAACUUGCAUUCAUGGGAAAUGGUCUAAAGCAGAUUUUAUCUGUGCAGCUCCAAAGUGUAAGCCACCGCGCGUUCCUAUCAACGCGUACAUCACAUUUCCAAGAGGAAAAAAUGGUCCCUAUCUGAAAAGUGAUGAGGUAUUCUUUUCAUGCAAAAGUGGUUACUAUCUGACUGGUAAUCCCUCCAUUCGAUGCGAAGAUGGCUGGACUAGCAUUAACUUUAAGUGCAAUCCUGUUGAAUGUGGUCCUCUUCCAUACCCAUUACGUGGCUAUAUAAAAGGAUACACUGGUACUACCUACCAACAGGUUUACACAUUUGGUUGUCAUGGAGAUCGUGGCUUUAAAAUAAAAGGUUCUCGCACUCGAAAAUGCCAAGCAAACAAACAGUGGAGUGGAGUACAGCCUUUCUGUUACCUUCUCAGCUGCCCUAACCCCGGGACACCCACUAAUGGCUUCAAGUUGAAUUCCAACUAUACAUACAAUAAUAUUGUGCGGUUUGGCUGCAACAGCGGAUACUCUCAACGAGGGUUCAGGGCCAUACGGUGCCAGCUGAAUGCGAGAUGGACAGCAAAAAGACUGACUUGUUUGGAAUGCACAUCUGCAAUAGGAAUGCGCAAUUAUAAGAUUACUAAUGAGAUGAUGCAAGCAUCGUCUGAUCGCGACUCUCGUCACAAGGCAAAGAAUGGGCGGUUGUUUAAUCGUCGCGCGUGGUGUUCGGCACGAAGUGAAUAUGAGAAAUAUCUUCAGGUCGAUUUUGGUACAUCGAUUAAAGAAUUAACGGCCAUUGCAACACAAGGGCACCCAACUGAGUAUAAAUGGAUGAACAAGUACGAGCUACGCUUUGCACUUGGUGCACGAUGGUUUACAUACAGGGUCAAUGGCAAGGUUAAGGUAUUCGAAGGAAACAAAGAUAGGAAUUCAGUAAUGAAGCACAUUCUACGUCCUUCAAUUAUCGCCCAUAAAAUACGAAUAUACCAGUAUGAAGAUACCCAGUCUUUUUCUGGAUCUUCGGUUUGUCUUCGUGCAGAAUUUUAUGGCUGUGACUUCUACUCCGACUGUAUAACAAAAGGAGCAACAAUUAUGGCAAUGUGGUACAAGUAUUCCUUAGAGGUGAUAUAUGUUCGGGGCUACGUAACAAACAUCGAUGACGAGACUUUGACAGUUAUUCCUCAUGAUAAACACAAAAGUUUAAUGCAUGGUAGCAUACUUGUGGUUCACAAAAGAAAUUCCGAUCAGAUCUAUAAAGAUAAUAUUCCUGAACCAAAUCAGAUUUACAUUGGUCAGUUGGUGUUAGCCUUAACCCAUAAAGACGGCCUGCCAAUUUACAAUACUGGUAAAGUUAAAGAUAUACAAGGUUCCCGUAACCCAUGGUAUCAAGUGAGUCUUGAUGGCAGUGGCACUAUAUGGAGGAAUCGGAAGGAUCUGCGAUUAAGAAGCGUCCCAGAACUUUGUGAUCUAAAACCAAAUACUAAGAUAGAAAUCAAACGUCAUUAGCCACCAAUCCGCCUUUAUAUGAAUAUUUGUAAUUAAUGGUAUUGAACAUCUUUUUCUAUAUUAAUAAAACAACAACAAAAAGAUCGAAUGUAGUGUACCGAAUGUGAAUCCAAUAAAUUUGCUAUGUGUUUCGAA